GCCGUCGUUGCCGCCUCCGGCUCGGCGAUCAUCGUAACGCGGAGACGCCUCGCCUGCCCGGGGGGCGGAGGAGCCGCGGGAGGGGGAGCGGCGCGGUGGCCCCGUCGGCGCUCCGGGCCAGGAUGGUGGCUACCAUGGUCCUCCGGGUGGCCUUCAGCCUGAUUGGCUGGUUCUCCCUCUACAUGUGGUCUUGCCAUUGGUUCAAAGGCCGCACCUACGAGUGGAGCUGCAGGCUGGUCACUCUGACUCACGGGGUCCUUGCCACUUGCCUCUCCGGCUACAUCAGCUUCAUCGAUGGCCCGUGGCCUAUGUCUUACCCAGGGUCACCUAACACCACCCUGCAGGUCCAUGCGCUCUGCAUGAGCUUGGGUUAUUUCCUCUUCGACCUUGGUUGGUGCGUCUACUUCCAGGCAGAAGGGGCUCUGAUGCUGGCCCAUCACACUGUCAGCAUCCUGGGCAUCACCGUCUCCCUCGCCCUGGGCGAGUCGGCCGCGGAGGUCAACGGGGUCAUCUUUGGCAGCGAGAUCACCAACCCACUGCUGCAGGCCCGUUGGUUCCUCCGGGAGAAGGGGCUCUACCACACUCUUACGGGGGACGUGGUGGACUUCUUCUUUGUGGUGCUCUUCACAGGGGUGAGGAUCGGGGUCGGGGCAUGGCUGAUGUACUGCGUGUUGAUGUCGCCCAAGCCCAAGUGGUUCAUCAAGGUCGGUGGGGUGAUCAUGUACACCGUGUCUUGGGUCUUCAUGGUCAGCAUCUGCCGGUUUGCCCGGAGGAAGAGCAUGAAGAAGUACCAUGCCUGGAGGAGCCGGUGGAGCAAGGAGAUGAACUUGAACACCAACGGGCACCUGAAGGACCAUUGACACCCAAUCUGGGUCCGUGUUCAUGAUCUGGUUAGCAUGGGGCAGGGGGAAGUUUCCAAAGGUCUGGUGCACAAGGCCAUGUGUGCAAGACAGGUCACAUUGGAAUGAAUACCCCGGGCCGCCUAGUAGAUACGUAGAGUGCUGGAUUAAGACUGGGGAGACCCCGGUUCCAAGACCUCCUUAGCCACGAAGCUCACUGGGUGACCUUUGCCAGCCACUUUCCUCUAAGCCCAGGGAUUUUAUGAGGAAAAUAGGAUAACUCCUGCCCUGGGUGUUUUGGAGGAAGGGCGGGAUACAAUAAUGACCAGUUGAUAGACCUACGUCAUGCUGGAGUAGGCUGGAAUAGGUGUCAACUCCAGGGAAAUUUGCACUAUGGAAACAUUGACAUAUCGUGCUGCAGACGAGGUGCAUUCAAUGAGAUGAAAACACUUGUGUACAACACAAAACCUGUUUGCACUCCCAAGGCUGUGAGCACUUGGAAUGCAAUUAACCACAACCUCCUCCACAACCUC